AUGAAAAUGUCAGCUGAAGGAACAAUCAUGUCUGCCUCCGAGGAGGGAGCCCAGCUAAACUAUGAUGCCUCGUCCUCUCAUCCCAGAAACAGUAAGGAGCAUGACUACCAGCCCAACCCGCAGAUUGGCAGCCCAACCGCUCUGGGCAUGGGGGCAUUCGCAAUUGCCUUUACAACUCUAUCGAUGAGUCUCAUGGAGUGGCGAGGCGCAGCCAUUACCAAUGCCUAUAUUGGUAACUGCUUUUUUACAGCGGGCUUGGGGCUAGUGUUGGUGGCUCAGUGGGAGCUCGUGCGCGGGAAUUCCUUUGGCCAUACAGUCUUUGGAGGGUUCGGUUUGUUUAACUUAGCCUUUGGGGCGAUCAAUGCCCCGGCCUUUGGGGUAGCAGAUGCAUUUAAAGAUGAUCCCGCUGCGUUGGAUAAUGCGAUUGGAUAUUUCUUACUCGUAUGGGGAGUAUUCGUUCUCUUCUUUACCAUCGCUGCAAUGCCCAUGAACUUUGUGUACACGGCCAUGCUCGGAACCUCUCAAAUCACAUACACCGUGUUGGCUGCCUCUUACUUCUCGUUCGCAGAUGACCAUGCAUCUACUGGAGUCGCUCUGAAGAAGGCCGCGGGUGCAUUCGGCUUUGUCUCGGGGUUGUUCGCCUGGUACACGGUUGGCCACCUGAUGUGUCAGGAUGCGCUCUUCUUCUCAUUUCCGCUGGGUGAUACAAGUCCCCUGUAUGCACGACUGCGGCGGCAGAAGAGAUGA